AGAUCACCAGUAUAAAUCGACGGGUAUAAAUUGCUUCGUUUCCUGUCUGCCGACCGUUAGCGUUCAAUCACUUCCGCUGCUGUUGCUGCGACACGAGACGUCAGCAGCAAUGGCGGACAAGGAGAAGCGCCGGUCCGGGGCGACUCCUCCAGGGAUGCUCGAGAGCAAAGCCACCAAGUCGGACAGCGACAGAGACUUCCUGACGCAGGCCGGGGUGGGCGAGCUGCUCCGCGGAGCCAUCCUAAAGAUGGUCGAGGCCAGGUCGGAUGAUCCCAUCGGGUUCCUGGCCGACCACUUUUGCCACCUCGCCUCCGUGACAGAGACCGGCACAGCUGGAUGCGGUGAUGGGGAUCAGCUGAGCAACAGCCCGCUGAGCGCAGGCGCGCAGGAGCAGCAGUAUCUCAACCGGGCGCUGUGGCACCUGCGGCUGGCGCACCAUUCCCAGAGAUCUGCCUUCAGCAACAACGUCCGUGUGGCCUACGACCUCCUGAACCUCACCGGACCCCGCAGACGUCCGGGUGAGGUCCCUGAGGGCCCUGAUGGCUCCUGCGCUGACAGCCAAACAGGAGGAGGAGGAGUGAGAGGAGGCCUCUACACACAGACUCUUCAGUGCCUGUGCAGUGAAGGUGGAGUCCCUGCCUCCACCUCCGCCCCGCUCCUCCGACGCCUCCACUGCCAAGACCACGAGGCCGUCCCUUAUGACGUCUUCCGCCAUGGCGUACUCACAUGUGCGGUUUUCUCAGACUACAUCCGGCAGGCUCAGAGGCUUUACGCUGAAGUGUGCUGCCCGGACGAAGGGCCUGCCUCUCGGGCACUGUGCCUGGCCGUGCUUGGGACCUUAAAGGAGGCCCUGGAGACCUCUCAAGGCUGUGACCCAAACCGCUGUGCUAAUGCUAAUACUAAAGCUAAUUCCUGUCUGGAGGCUAACAUCAAGGCUAUACGCUACCUGGAGGCCAGUGCCAAGAUCUCUCCAUACAAGGUGGCUCAGGCCGUAGCCGGGGCACAGACACGGGGCCCGGGUGGUGAUAUGGACGCAAAGGAAUUUGAGAACGCAGCAGCAGAGCUCUUCAUCACUCGAGUGAAAGUUGUGUCCUAGAAUAUUUUCUCUUGUAUAAUUUAUGAAUGUACAGCUACCUAAAGUAUAUCCUAGAAUAAAUGAUAUCCCUCUGUGUGCCAUACCCUCUCUAACCUCUAACAUACUGUUGCCUAAAUUGCAACAAUAGCUACUGAACACCCAAAUAACAACAAAUAAAAAAGCAGAACAUAUCACAUCACAGAUGCACUAAACCCAGUAAUUCCAUUGUUUGGAAGAUUAACACUAACUGUGAAACAUACUGCUUGAUGUCUGUUAUUGUACUCAUUGAAGUGGAAGAGACGAGAAAUCGACAUCUGCUGUGACUAAGCAAGCAGCGCUGUGUGAAGGACAGCGAGUCCCUUUCAUAGACUAAAUGCAUUCCUGCAGAUCUGUGCACAUCCUGACAGCUUUCAUUGUUGUUUUGCCUUUGCCGUGAAUUGCUCAGAUUAGAAAGUAACACUCUGUACUGAUCUGGAUAUAAUGCAAUCCACUGCAGCAACUCUGUAAUAAA